AAGAGAGGAGAAGAGGCAAGAGAAGACAGAGAUGGCAUAGGAAAUGAGCAAUGAGAGAAGAUGAUGAAAAGGAGAAGAGGGAAGACGAGAGAGAAUGGACACUUGACCAACCACAACCUGUUCAUCUGACCAGAACACCUCAUCACCUUCCUCUCUCUUCACCAUCACCACUGCAUGGCACACAAUCUGAGGGGAACUGUGGUUUACUACAUACAAGGACAACUGCAAUGCAGGGAUUGCUGGAAACGUUCCUUCUUUACAUGCUGAUUAUAGUCCUGUCUGCAGGCGCACUGAAAGGACUUGUUGAAGAUGAAAAAGAAAACAUAGCAAGGGGCAAGCCCACCACGCUCACAUCUGGCAACACCUCUGAGUUGGCCAUAGACGGGGACCCCAACACGUACGCCCUUAGCCAGGUGGACAGUUCACCGACAUGGAGAGUGGACCUGGAGAGGGUGUACCAGGUGGAGACUGUCAGCAUCACCAACAGGAUAGACUGCUGUCCAGAGAAGCUCAACGGGGCCCAGAUUCACAUCGGAAGUGCCAACAGUGCCAAUCCCAGGUGUGCCGUGGUGUCUAUGGUUCCUCCAGGUGAGACGUACACCUACAGCUGCCAUGGCAUGGAGGGUCGCCUGGUCUCCAUCUUCGUCCCCGGCCCAGGGCAGCAGCUGGCCCUCGCAGAGGUGCAGGUGUUUGGCAGACCUGCAGAUAACCUGGCCCUGUUAGGAGCCGUCUCCCAGUCCUCCACCUUCUCCACCCCACAGGGACAGGCCCUGGGCCCUCAGCUCUCCCACGACGGGGACCGCAGCACCAGCGACCCGGCCCUCUGCUCCAGGACACAGGAGGAGAGGUCCCCCUGGUGGAGGCUGGACCUGGGGGAGGAGCACCAGGUCAGCACCGUCACCAUCCUGACCCGGGCCGACCUCCGGCCAGAACCCAUCACCCAGGGAGGAGAGAUACGCGUCGGCAGCUCACUGGACAACAACGGGAACGACAAUGCCAUAUGUGCCUCUGUGAGCAGUAAGGUUCCUCAGUUCAACACAUAUGUCUGCGAUGGGAUGGUGGGGCGUUAUGUGAACAUCCACCUGCCAGGGGAAGCCACGUUUAUCAACCUGUGUGAAGUGGAAGUGACAGGAUCGCCACUAGUCCUCCCCACCACCACUCCCGUACCUGCGGUCACCCCUCCUCCCCCCAUCACCAUCACACUCCCAGGCGACUCGCGUACCGUGGUGCUGGUCCAUCAGCAGCUGAGCUGGUUCGACGCCCUGCUCCACUGCCGGAGCUUCUACAGGGACCUGCUCACCCUUCGCGACCCAGAGGAGCAGCGCUAUAUCGAGGACAACCUGCUGAACACCGCGGCCUCCACCACCACCACCACCACCCACAUGUGGCUGGGGCUACGGAGGAGGAUGCUCUCCACUCACUGGUACUGGAUGAACGGGGAGGGCAUGGGCCACAGCAGCUGGGAAGGGGGGCACCCGAGGUACCACGAGACGCCCGGCACCAGCACCUGUGGGGCGAUAGCCACAAGGGGGCAGCACCUGUGGAGCGACCAACCCUGUGAGGAGAAGCUCUUCUUCCUCUGUUACUCCGACUCCUACCUCUACUACAGUCCAGUGCAGUUUGCCAUCAGCCGUAGGAGGUAAUGAGGAGCAUUGCAUUAUGGUUGUCUUCUCAGAGAAACAGGAACACCUCCGGCACUCUGGCCACUUCGCAGCACUGUACUGUAUUUGUUCACAUUUUAUUCCUGAAUUUCCCCCUGGGGAUCAAUAAAGUUACUCUACUCUACUCUACUCUUAGAGCAAAACUUGAAUUCAAAAAGUGUGCAGGAGAUUUUGAGAUUUUUUUUUCAAUCAGCAACCUACUGUAGACUACUUGGUCCAGUGAACUUUCCAGCUACGUAUCACAGCUGUCAGAGCUGUAUGUAUGCAUAUUAUAUGUGGUAUGUAUAUGCAUACCUGUAGAAGAAAAAAAUGUUUUCCUUGUUUACCUGUCCCCGUAACAGUCCCUUUAAUCAGUUGGUUUGUGAAUGCAAUUUGUUUCCGUUUUUUUUGGCAACUUCAUAGAAGGAUUUGUAGUAAUGGGA